AUGAUGUACAUUUUUGACACAUUUACAGAGGCACAAGCAAAAUUACUUGCGAACUCAUUCAUUGGUGAGUUGGGCCGCAAAUACACACGAACAGAACACGGGUGCACUUGUAGAGACAUGGACACCGCACAGUGUAUUUGGACAUCCGCGCUUGCUGAAGGCAGAGACAUUUUCAUUGACAGCUACAUAUUUCUAAUUCGUGAGCGGACAAUAGAGCGCAACUUUUCAGACAAUACUUCGAUCAACAGAUUUGUCAUUUCACAAGGUACACUGCAAUGCCUCAAUUUGAUAUACGAUGAUUGGACCAAUGAAUCAGAACUGUAUAGUGUCAAUACAGAUGGCAUUCACAUGACCAACCCCAAGAAACAAUACCCAAACAAGAAAGAUGUCAAAUUUGUGACCAAGAAUAUUGGUAGCGUAUAUACUACUGACAGCGUGCCUGUAUAUUUUGAGAAGCACCGCGAGAAUUUUGAUACUAGUAACUAUACUGAUUAUGUUGGCGGGGGUUGUAUCUAUUAUGGUGCCGCGGGUUGCGGCAAGACAACAAAACUUGUCACAUUAGCGACAAAAGCCACAAAUCCCGUAACCUUAUCAUUUACUAACAAAGCCAUCGAGAACAUUAAAAGUAAGAUCAGUGAGGAAUUUCGAGAUAAGUGUCAUACAUUUGACAGCUAUUUUUGCCAUUAUCAUGGUCGGGAUAUAUCCAGUUUGGAGGGCAAAACAGUGUUUAUAGAAGAGUGUACAAUGACGCCUAAUAAAUGGAUGACCAAGAUAUAUCAGGCAUUCACCAAGUAUCACAACGCUAUAUACAUGUUUGGUGAUACCAAUCAAUGUGACCCUAUCAAAAACGGCAGUCAAAUACAUCAUGACUAUUUUACAUCAGUGCCAAUCUCAGAAAUGUGCCCUAGGCGCGUAGAGAUGAAUUAUAAGGAAGGCUGUGUACGUUAUGAUGAACAAACACGAGAUGUGCUUGCCAAGUUUUUAGAAACAGGAAAGGUAACAAGUAAAUUUGCCCCUACAGGCCAAUACUACAAGAACAUAUGUUACCUCAAUAAGACCAGACGAAAUGUAACCAGGGAAUGUUGCCAUAGGUUUGUCGAAGAUAAGGAGAGUUAUGAGGUUGACUUUUUGUAUAACAGUAAAAGGGAGAGAUACAGUGUCUGUGUAGGUAUGCAUAUGUUGGUGACACAAAAUCUUAAGAACGAUAAUUUGUUUAAUAUGAUGGAGUUUAAGAUUGAGCAUAUAACAGAGGAUGGCAGCAUGUUUACUAUAGGUGGGUAUACAUUUGAGUACAGUAAAUUUAGCCAGUGUUUCUUCCCAGCAUUUUGCUCUACUGUAUUAAAAUAUCGGGGUUCAGAAAUUGACGAACAUUACAAUAUUUCAAAUGUGAACCGAAUGGACAAGAAGCAGUUGUACACAGCGUUGUCACGUACAACUAAGCUCGAAUAUAUCCAUCUCAGCAACGAGUUAUUAAACAAACGCUGUAUACCGCGUCAACAGCCACAUAUAGAAAUACUAAAGAAUUACUUUAAUAGUGACUAUAAUGAUGGUAAGAGAUUGUCUUUGAGAAAUGUGACAAGAUUUAUGUUGGUAGUACAUGCCAAGAAUUGCAGAACAUAUUACAUGAACAUGUUACAGACAAAAAGAGUGCCGUGUAUAAAUACAGGAAUGACUAGCUCAAAAUUGAGUUGCUAG